AUAACAAAUACAAACCUUUCUCUCUCUUUUAUCAUCAUCAGUUUAAUUCGAUUGUCAAAUAUAUAAGGAUAACAACAGAACUCGAAUUCUAAUCACAUUUACCUGGGAGAGAAAAAAAUUAUUCAUUAAAGUCGAACCUAAAUUAACAAUGUGACCACAAAGAAUAUAAUUAUUUCCAUCAAAUUUUCACCCUUUUAUCUUAAAACUUAUCCUCUGAUUGAAAAUAUCAAUUAUUCUUUCUGUUCAUCAAUUAAUAUUCCCAGUCAGAUAUUGAUAGGUAACUAAAUUGUUACCAUUUUAGAUGCAAUGGAAAGUCAAUGUUACCAAUUUAGAUCAUGAUCCAUAAAUUAUUAACCAUCAUCAUCCACCAUAAUUUGCUGAUCAAUUGAUUGUCCAAUAUUAUUAUAAUUACCAACAUUGAUCUAAGUUGAUUCAUUUUCAUUCCCAGUGAGUGUUUAUCAUAAUCAGAAAGUAAAUCAUUUGGAUAUUAUUAUUAUCAUUGUUCACAUAGUCACAUCAAUAUUAGAUAAAAUAAAUAAUUUAAUCAAUCGAAACGAAAUGUUUAAACAAGUAGUUCUAUCAACAACUCGACCCAAAACACCAUCAUUUUUUUCCUCAUCAACUUCAACUCCACCGAGAGAUGAUUCUUCAAUCAAUGAUUCGGGUUCAAGUGAUUUACCCUCGGUGGGUGGUUGUGGUGCUGGUGGUAAAUCAAGACAGUAUUUAGGGCGAUCAUUGAGUUGGGAUAUUGUCAUUGAUUCAAAGGAAACAUCAGAAAAUCAUUAUAAGGCUGAUAUAAGACGAAGGUCUAAAAGUGCAAAGAUGAAGAAACAAUUAAGAGGUGGUAUUAGUGAUGAUGAUUACAUUGAUUAUAUUGAUGAUUCUGUUCAUGGAGAUAAUUCAAAUUCUCGAAUCUCUGAGGAAAGGAGCUCUCAAGAAGUAUCAUCUUCGAGUGUACAUUCACAAUCACAAUCAACUGAUCAUCGUGAUUCAUUAAACAUUGAAGAAAAUCUUGAUCAACAACAACAAUCAAAUGUUAGUGAACAAUUUAACUCAACCAAUAUAAUAAACACCAACAGUAACUGUUUUGUUAAUAGUAAUCAUGUUAACCAUAAUUUAGCUGCUAAUUGGACUUCAAAUGCAUCUCAAUUUCAUCGUCCAUCACAAUUAGGUAAACAUCAUCAACGAACCAAAGUGUCACCAAUAACAACAAUUAACGAUUCAGUGAAUAAAAUUAACAUUGAAAUAAAUAAUAGUGUUCAUAGUAAUAAUAAUAAUAAUAAUAGUAAUAAUGUUCAUCCAUCACAAUCAACUGGAAUCUAUGAAAGGUUACAUUCAUUAGUUUCCGCUUUCCGUCAACGUGCUCAAACAAUUAAGUCUCGUAUAGUUAAACCAUUACCUUUACCCUUGACCUCACCCUGUGAAUCCCCUGUAGAUGUUAUCAUUUCAUCACGUGGACCCAGUGGUACAUCAAAAUAUUCAUCAAACAAUCAACGUAAUCAAUUAGCUAAAGAUGCAGAUAAAUAUCAACGUUAUUGGGAUAAUGUAGAUGAUGAAAGUGAUAAUGAUCAUGUUAAACACUUUGAUCAUGACACUGAAUCACUUGAACCAUUGAAAACAUUUGGUCAAGAAUUUUAUUAUCGUUGGUCAAAACGGUCACUCGAUGUUAUCGAUCCUCAAAGUUAUUUUUACAUCUCAUGGUUAUUGAUUGUUGUAAUUGUUUAUCUUUACAAUUGCUGGAUAAUAUUUUUACGAUCAACUUUCCCUUACCAAACAAGUGACAAUCUAUUGAUUUGGUUAACUCUUGAUUAUCUUGCCGAUAUAAUUUACCUAUUGGACAUUUUACUUUUCAAGAAUCGUUUAACUUACCUUGAAAGAGGUCAAAUUGUUAAGGAUUUAACACUUUGCCGUCGUCAUUAUCUAUCAACGGCCUCAUUUAAAUUAGAUGUUAUCUCAUUGGCACCGUUUGACCUUCUUUACAUUUUCAUCGGUUGUAAGCCCAUUUUACGAUUUUCCCGUCUUCUUAAAUUUCAAACAUUUUCUACCUUUUUCGACACCAUCGAUGCCAUUGCCAAGUGGCCUUACUUUUUUCGUGUAACCAGAACACUUAUUUAUAUGAUGUUCCUCAUCCAUCUGAAUGCUUGUGCUUAUUAUUAUGUCUCAUAUUUGGAGGGUUUCAACGCAAAUGAGUGGGUCUAUCGGGGUGAAGGUAAUGCCUACAUAAGGUGUUUUUAUUUUGCGAUCAGAACGGCAACUUCGAUAAGUGGGAAAAUGCCCAAGCCAACCAAUACAACUGAAUAUCUUUUCAUGACAAUCUCCUGGUUAUUGGGUAUUUUUGUUUUCGCCUUUCUCAUUGGACAGAUUCGCGAUAUCGUGGCCACUGCAACUCAAAAUAAGGCCUCAUUUCGUCAGCUUCUUGAUUCAAUUGUCCGUUAUAUGGAAAGUCUUCAUUUACCUUGUGACCUGCAAACACGAGUUCGUCUUUGGUUAACUCAUACUUGGGAACAGCAAAAGUUAUUUGAUGAAUCGUCAAUUCUUUACUCGAUCCCGUUAAAGAUAAGAACUGACCUGGCAAUGGACAUACAUUAUAGUAUGUUACGGCAGGUUGACCUUUUCCAAGGAUGCGAGCGGACAAUUUUACGUGAUAUUGUGGUCAAGUUGAAGCACGUUCUUUUCCUUCCAGGAGAUUAUGUUUGUCGAAAGGGUGAAAUAGGAACCGAAAUGUACAUUGUAACCAAGGGAAGUGUUCAAGUUUUACGUGACGAUGCCAUCGAAUCUGUGAUAUGUACACUCGGUCCAGGCGGAGUAUUCGGUGAGGUUUCUGUCCUCGGUAUUCCAGGUUGUUCAAGGCGAACGGCUUCCGUUAGGUCUGUCGGUUUCUCCAAUUUAUUUAAACUGACCAAAGCUGACCUAUGGGACACCCUUCGUAAUUAUCCAGAAGCUCAGACAAUCCUUUUGAAUAAAGCUAAACAAGUGAUGAGAGAAAGAGCCCUUCGAGAAAGAUACAUUUCGCCAGAUACAUCGAUCGAAGCUGAGGCCAUUAUUAAAGAAUCGGAACGAACACCAACACCGAAACUGUUCAAAAUGGUCAUGGAGGUUUUACCAAAUGAGUCCACUUGCCAUCAGAUCUUAAAUCGAAGUCGAUCACUUUUUUCUCGCUCCGAAUCUCCCGUUUCCAAAGAACCUGCGACCUCAGCAUCGGGCCUAAAAUAUUUACCUUCUUUUCGAGUCCAUUUACCCACAAGAUCUUCCAAUAGUUCACCUUCACUUUCAUUGGCUGCCGACACUGAAUUUACUACGACAGAGGAUAAUCAGGAUGAAGAAUUAGUUAAUCAUAAAAAUCCACUGGUUGAUAAGACACCGAAUCAAUCGAGUUGUGAUCUUUUGGGACAAAAUGAUUUAGCGGUCGACGGCUAAUUAGACGAAAAUAACGUUUGCUUGUUCAAAUCAUGAAUUUUGAUUAAUCUAAUUAAGAAAAGAAAUUUAUAUACAAUCAUGAUUCUAAACUGUAACGAA